GCCAGGAGCAGGCCGCCUCCCUGGAGUCCUCCGUCCGCACCGCCGUGGAGGGCGAGUGGGCGGAGGAGGCGCUGGAGCUGGAUGCGGACCACGCCUCCGCAACCCUGCGGAGGAUUAUUGCGCUACGGCCGCCCGCACCGCCGUACGUGCCGUACUAUGAUGCCUUCCUGAAGAGGCUGCGCAAGUACAUCCAGGCCGCCCCCCCGGGCUCCAUGGACCGGCACUCGCGCAGGGCGGUGCUGUUGGCGGCCGCCAAGGCGACCAUGGAGGGGAAGUGCGGCAACAGGGCAGGCGGCUGCUGCAGCCCCUACCCCUUCGAGGCCGCACUGGCCAUGCUGGAGGUGGAGCAUGGGGUGGUGGGAGCCGAGGACCCCUCCCUGGACCCCCUGGGCAGUCCUGUCAAACCCGCAUCCCCCACCCACCACCACCACCAUCCCCACUCCCACUCCUAC